CCCCUCUCCAUCCCCUCCCCCCCUGACAGAGCACACCUGCCUGAUCUUGGCUACGGGCGUCCACACUACGAUCAGCCCUCGGCCUGCCACACUGCACAUCAGCUCCAGCCCUCUCUGGAUUUGUGGGUGUUUCGUCUGCAGCUCUAAAUCGUCCUAUUCGUGCAGGCCUUCGUAAGCAACAUGAAAUCGGCCUGUCUUUCCCUGCUUUUGGUGUCCGUAUGCUGGGCUCUGCCCUUCCGUCAGUCUGGCUUCCUGGACUUCAUGAUGGAGGAUGAACCAAACUCAGGAGAUGGUCCAGACUUGUCCGUGGAUCGUAAACCACCAACUACCAAACGUCCUCUAUUACCCGAGACCCCAGUGGGACCUGAAGGACCUGAUGGACCUGUCUGCCCAUUUCGAUGCCAGUGCCAUCUGCGAGUGUCUCAGUGCUCUGAUUUAGGUCUGAAGACUGUUCCAGAAAAAAUUCCACUUGAUACUAUUCUGUUGGACUUGCAGAACAACAAAAUCACAGAGAUCAAAGAAAAUGACUUCAAAGGCAUGAAGAGUCUUCAAACACUCAUUCUGGUAAACAAUAAGAUCACCAUCAUCCAUGCCAAGGCCUUUUCUUCUCUCAUCAACCUGGAGAGACUCUACCUUUCUAAGAAUCUCCUGAAGGAAGUUCCUGCCAACAUACCGAAAAGCCUUCAGGAGUUGCGCAUUCACGAAAACCAGAUUAACAAGAUAAAGAAGUCAUCCUUUGCUGGCAUGGCCAAUGUCAUUGUCAUGGAGCUUGGCUCUAACCCUCUGAGCAGCUCUGGGGUUGAUAACGGAGCUUUUGCUGAUCUGAAGAGGGUUUCUUACAUUCGUAUUGCCGACACCAAUAUCACCUCCAUUCCUAAAGGUCUGCCCAACUCUCUGUUUGAACUUCACUUGGAUGGAAACAAGAUCACCAAAGUGACCGCAGACAGUCUGAAGGGCCUCAAACAUCUGUCCAAGCUGGGCUUAAGCAAUAAUGAGAUCAGUGUGGUGGAGAAUGGCUCUCUGGCCAAUGUGCCUCACCUGAGGGAACUUCACUUAGAAAAUAACGCAUUGACUGCUAUUCCACCUGGCCUGCCAGACCACAAGUACAUUCAGGUGAUCUAUCUUCACGCCAACAAGAUUGCUGCUGUGGGAACAGAGGACUUCUGCCCUCCUGGCUAUAAUACAAAGAAGGCCAUGUACUCAGGCAUUAGUCUGUUCAGUAAUCCAGUGCCCUAUUGGGAGGUCCAGCCAAUCACCUUCCGCUGCGUCUUUGACCGCUCGGCCAUACAGCUAGGCAACUACAGGAAGAAAUAGAUUGUCCAAUCAGAGGGCUUAUUCACUGUUUUCAUCCCGCCCAUUCCUGUUUGAAGCACAUAACUUAGUCUGAAUGUCAUAUCUUAGUUAACUCAAAAUAAAUAGCAUCUCCAUUGUCAAGAUUUUCCACAUUGUACCAUUGAUACGGGACCGAUAUCACAUGAUGCAAUACUUCAAUACAUCUAAAAGCAGUAAUAGCAAGCAAGUAGCCAAAUGCAUAUCAGUAUUGCCAUAAAAUAUCUCUCUGCAAAUAUAUUGUGUUUCUAUAAUUGCAGUUUAUGAGGAGUAGCCAUGACCACUUAGAAUAUCCAAUAGCACACAUUGCCCUUAUACCCAACAGAGUGUGUGAUGAAAUUAUCUUUUUUAAAGCUAUGUUCUUAAAGGGUUAGUUCACCCAAAAAUGAAAAUUCUGUCAGCAAUUUAUUACCCUAAUGAGUUAGUUAUUCCAAACCCUUAUGACGACUUUCUUACUUCCGUGAAACACAAAAGGAAAUGUUGGGCAGAAUGUGAGUCUCAGUCACCAACAGGAUGCAAAGAAAGUGAAUGGUGACUGAGACUCACAUUCUGCCAAACAUCUUCUUUUGUGUGACACAGAAGCAAGAUAGUCAGUUAAUGAUGGCAUAAUAUUCAUUUCUGGGUGAACUAACCUUAAGCUGGCCUGCAGAGCGGGCAGCAAGGGGUUAACACAUGUCAACCAGUGCCAUUAACAAGAGCUUGUAUACUAGAGUGUACUCAGUUAAAACUUUCUGUAUAGUGCUAGUGUUCAGAUUGUGCUGUUGAAACGAUUGUACACACAUUCUUAACAUCUUGAAGUCUUUUGAAAUUGGAGUGAGCAGGAAGUUGAUAUGUCGAGCUGUUUUCGUGUUUUUCUUCCUCCCAGUGACAUUUGUGUUUAUUGGUUUCUUGAAUCCCGGCUGCAAUGUAACAGAGUAGAACGCUCUACCCAGGUGAACAUAGGUCUUCAAGAUGUAGAAUAAACUAUGUUGUCAUUUUGAAUACCCAAAGUCUUAUAUGCAUGCUUUUCUGUUCAGCUCCUUAAUGACUGUGUACUGACUGCUAUGUUACGUGUGAGUGUGUAUGUGUGCUUGCGCCUUUCAUUUCUGUUUUGUGUCCCCUUGUUUUUUGUUUCAGUCUAGAAGGAUUGUGGGGAGACGGUGGACAUGGACACCUCCUCCGCUUUCAUGAGAGUCGUGAAUGUCACUUGUAUAGAUGCUGUAUAUAAAUGCUGUAUAAAAGAAUCCUAUCAAUGCUUUGAAGCACAAGCACUUACAGUAGUUUGGACUUUUAAUAUAUCGGCAAUAAAGGUAAUCCCUUUCUCUCUUUCUGUCCAAUGAGGGCUCUGACACAGGUGUCUUCAAUCAAAUAAACAGUCGAAUCUAUCA